AUGGUCCGCACCGUCUCCGCUGAGGGCUCGCUCCCGCUGUCCCAACCCACUCCCGAUCUGCAUUCCCCCACCGACGGCUUCGCGACUCAUGUUGAGCGCCUCGAGAAGCACGCCGAGCGCAUGAGCUCCAGCGGCUCGGACAUCGGCGAGGAGAUCCGCAAACUGCAGCUGGAGGAGAAGGAGCAGAGCCGCCGCUCGUCGCUGGCUUCACACGCUGAUAACGCUAAACCCGUGCCCGCAGGCAGGUCGCGCAACACGUCGAUAAGCUCCUUUGCCAACUCAAUCGUCGAUGUCAACUCGCAGGCCCGCUGGGGUGGCUAUUCGCCCAACGCCUACGUGACCUCGCCCAAGGGCUCCAUCCGCUCUGGCUCGUGGUCGCACCGCUCCGGCGUGCAGCGCCAGCACUCCGUCUCCAAGAUGUCCCAGACCAAGGGCUCGCUCCUCGACGAGUUCCCCGAGAACGUCGACGAAGCCGAGACCGCCACCGUCCACAACGACCCGCCGCCCGCAGCCGAGCCGCACGCCCGCAACGCCUCGCAGUUCAGCCUCGAAUACGAUAGGAUUGUGCAGGACAUUGAGAAUGAGCUGGCCACCGUGCCCAGCCAGGAAUCAGCUCCCGCUGCCGGAGCCUACGGACGCGUUGCCUAUGGAAUGCUGGACCCCGAUGAGCUCCCUGACCGGCCCGCUACCGCCGACACGUACCAGCAGGCCCAAACCGCCUUUCGGGACUUUGAUGGCGUACACUGCGCUCCUACCCUGAUGGGCCUGCGCGAGAUAUCCGAGGGCAGUGAGCACGCAAUGCUGCACUCCCUUCCACACGGCCACCACCCCGGAGUUCCCCCGCCUGACGAUGGCAUGGUAUACUAUCCCGCACCGGUCCCGAAGAUGCUGAAUUUGCCAAAACGCCUCUCCCAGCUGCCCUCCAACGAUUUGCGCAACAAGCGCCGAAGUCAAGUGCUGGGGGGUAUGGUUGCCGAAGCCAGGAAUUCCGCGCUGUGGCUUGGUGGCACUACCAAGCCCGACAAUCGCAAGAGUGUAGACCCCCGGCAGAGUGUCAACAUGGAUAAGCUGCCGCCUCAGCUCCGCGCCAGCGUGUACUUUGACCAGCCAAACGUGCCGCACGACGUCGAGAUUAAGGGUGAAUCUGCCCGGGCAACGCUUGACGACAUCCUGGACGCAUCAACCAACGCUCCUGUUGGUGCUUUCACUGACCAUCCUGUAGCUGGUCCGGUUGGGAAGGCCGUCUAUGGUAGGGAGACCAAGCGGAAGAGCAUGCUAGAAAAGCGGAAAAGCUCUUCAUCAUUACUUGACAUGGAUAAGCGAAAGAGCUCAGCGACCAUGCUGGGUGACGAUGAGAAGACCGAGAAGGAAACCAAGAAAGAAAAGAGGAAAUCGUCGUUUGGAUUCUUGUUGGGGCGCCGCUCUAGCACGGACGAGGUGUCGAAGCAACUCAAGAAGAAAAGCAGCAGCGGAAAGAUGAACAAGCUGCAAAAGCGGAACAGUCAGAUGAGUCUGUCGAAUGCUCUGGAGCAGAGCGAAGCCGCGGGGCAACAAAAGAGACGAGGCUCUACCUCCAGCCAGGGAUCCAACAUCAAUGAGUCCACUGCACUUCAAUCAGGCGACCAUGACGGCAACGCAUACAACGGCAUGGAGACCCUAUCCCGCGACGGAAGUGAUGAAUACGAUGACGAGGGACAACUCGAUGAUGAUGAGCAGUUCAUCGGCCAACCUACGACCCUCCUUGCGGAAUUGCAGAUGCGCAAGGCUCAGCAGCGUGAGCGAAACCGUACCGCGGCAACUGCAUUCCCGAAUGGCAUGCACAGCACUCUUCUUCAAUUGGACGCUGUUGCGGAGAUUGAGAAGAGGAAGCGCCAGAACCAGCGUGUAAACCUUGCCUGGGAAGCCCCCAAUCCGGAUGAAGAGGAUGACGACGUGCCGCUCGGCAUGCUCUUUCCUGGCCAAAACGGCCUUGCCAACAAGGCUGGCCAAGGAGUUGGUGGUCGUGGCGACGACUGGGACCGACCUCUUGGCCUGCUUGAGAAGAAGGAGUUGGAGGACAGCGAACCUCUCAGUAGGCGGAGGAACCGUCUGCGUGGACUUCACCCUGAUACACCCUACACUCGUGACGUCAGCCCUGGCCAGGGUAUGACGAUGCUCAGCGCACACUCUCAAGACCAACGCAAUAGCAACAACCCAACACCAGAACCCCCGCAGGCAGAACAGGAGUCGGAUGAUGAGGAGGAACCUCUGGCAGCAAGACGGGAGCGCCUCAAGCGUAAGGAAGCUUUGAACUCAGCACUCGGUGACGUGGGCACGCGCCCUAUUAGCGGAGAUUUCGCGAGUGAGAUGAUGAGUCAGUUCGACGGCCUUAAAGAUGGGGACGAGAAAGGCGGGACCAAGAAGGACGCAACCCCAAAGACGCCAGGGGUUGUAAACGAAGAGGAAGAGACCCUCGGGCAACGUCGCGCCCGUCUACAAGCUGAAGCCUUGGCUCGUGGGAAUACGACGCCCUCGGGCCUAUCCCCAGGAAACCCCUUGCGCCCGCCGCUUAAAGCUUCUCUUAGCUUGGCAGACAUCCUUUCGGCUCACCCCACUGGCAACCAGGCUGAAAAGAUUAGCAACGAUGCACUGCUUUCCAGCCUUCCGCAGGGCAGUCUACUACAGAAGAGUGAGCAGAAGACUGCCACUCGUCAGGCUCACAUCCGCGAGGGCAACAAACGGAGCACGAGCUAUGGACUGGAAAAGCCACUUCUGGACGUAGGUCCUCCAGCUGAUGCCCGUACGAAGAGCAUGGUCCUUGAUGGUUCAAGCGGAGAGCGCGGUCUUCUCGGUAAAGAUUACGGCACCGGGCUGGCCGCUGCCCGCAGAACGAGCGGCGCCCGACAACUCGACAAGCGUGCCAGCAUGAUGACCCUUGGCGCUAACAACAUGAACACGAGUACUGCAAACCUUGGCAUGAGCAUGCCGGCCAUGAACCAGAGCGGCUUCAUCAACCCGCAAGCUGGCAUGGUGGGCAUGGGCAUGCCGAUGCAGCAGCAGCCCAUGAUGAUGGGUAUGGGCAUGCCUAUGCAGUCACCCAUGCCCCUGAACAUGCCUAUGAACAUGAAUAUGAAUAUGAACAUGGGAAUGGGCAUGAACAUGGGUAUGGGUAUGAACACGGGCGCCAUGGGCAUGGGAGGUGCAGGCAUGACUGGCUUUCCUGCCGGCCAAAUGAUGAUGGGACAGCCAUACGGUAUGCAGCCUAUGGGUGGCAUGCAGAUGGGCAUGCCGGCGGCAGGGAUGGGUAUGGGUAUGGGCAUGGGUAUGGGCAUGGGCGUCGGCAAUCAGAUGCAGAUGGACCCCAGUAUGGAUUCAGGCCGCAGAGCAGCUAUCGACCGAUGGAGGCAAGACGUCUCCUAG